AUGGAUCUACUCGACGAGGACUACCAUGAACCUUUAUGGCUGUGUGGUGUGAGAGAUUUCUCUGGAGUUCUGGAAGGUGCCAUCCAGUCAAACAGGAUAAUUGAUAAUGCAGAGGUCAGUGUCGACGACUCGUUUUCGGAUGCGGACACCCAAGAAUUAUCUCUUUGCUUUGUGGAACGGCUUGGUGGCCUCAAUGGUCUCAAGUCAUUGCGUCUACUCCCAGACAAGGUCCAUAUUAUAUAUGAAGUCCCAGUCAGGUUGUUGACGAUUGCUCUACAACGGGCACGAGGGCUGCAAAUGUUCUCGAUAUGUGCGGUGGAUUUGGUUGGCAACCGAGACGAAUUUGUAGAGUUCAUGGAGUCCUUGCGCAAUCAUGCUUCUCUGCACCUCAUACGCCUGAUUCGUUGUCGGCUUCCGGAAAUGUCUCCGCCAAUGUUGGCAGACUUUGUUGCUCAUGUUUCGGCGAUACCAAACCUGAAGGAAGUUGAGCUUUGUGGAGCAGAAGAGUCCUCCCUGGGAAUCAUGUCCAAUGAAGCGCUCACGUCAAUAUCCGGGGCCGCACUACUGGAGAAAUUCUGCUUGGACAAUUUUGAGCUGACACAGGAUCAUUUCAUGAUCUUGUUGCAGUGGCUAGAACGAAGGAACAAUAGGCUCAGGGGGGUAUCCGUCUCAGCCUGUGAGAUCAACUCGGGAGGUCUGCAUUAUUUGGCCAGAAUGUUGAGGGGCAAUCGAACUCUGGAAGAGUUGUCUAUCUGCUUGAGUCAUAGUCGUCAAAACCAAACCCUUACAGAUGAAUGUUUCAUGGCCAUAUCUCAAAGUCUGGAAAGAAACACAUCUCUGAGGCAAUUUGGGGUUUCGGGAAGCAAUGGAUGGCCCACACUAAACAACAACGUGCAAAAGUGUUUUCUCAACAUGCUGCGUCAUUGGAACUACACACUGGAACGAUUGUCGCUCUUUGACAGAGCCGAUUUGCAACCAGAUGUUAACUUCUUUCUAGCCACAAAUCGGUUGGGUCGCAAGUUUUUAGUCGACGAGAAUUGCACCAAGGAGGAGUGGCUGCAAGCAAUCAUCCGAUCGACUUGUGAUCUCAAUUGCCUCUACUUCUUCCUUUCAAUGAAACCUGAACUGUUGGUGGAUCAAACACAGAUUUAA